GAGACCGGCUAUCAUAUUCUGUAUGAGCCUUCGCAACGAAAGUUCAAAGUUUGAUCAAAGCCAGGGGCUCUUGUUGAGAGUAGACGAUAACCGUCGAAGCGCCAAGCGCAACUUGACACUUUAUUGUUCUAGCCUGUCGGUCGAAUACAAGGAAGCAUCAAAUCAACACAUCUCUCAUAGCCAAGCGCCCCUCGUUGUCGUCCUGGACGUCCUACGAACACUUCACCACGCAUUGUAUCAUCGACAAGCACACGAUGCAGCCAUAAGAGCAGAAGCGCUGCUACCAUUCGUUCCUUAAUCCCGCUGCUGCUCCUUUUCCACCAUCCCCAAUCUCGACGAACCUCGACAAGCCAUAGCAUUGCACACGACCUCGGACGACCUUGACGAAACACGAACGGAUAAAGCAUAUCCAACAUGCAUUUCGCAUUCCCACCUCGCAAAACAUCACACCCUCCGCCGUACGCGGCGCGCUCACGCUCUGGCUUCUUGCGCUAUACUCAGCUGCGGAACCUCCUCAUCCUAGCUGUUGGCGCCCUUGUCACAUUAUAUCUGCUCUCGGGUCUGUUUUCUGGCUCAAGCAGUGUAUCAAUACCGGCAGGUACUCCGAAAGCUGUCGUAGUCACCACACUCGACCCUUCGCUGAGCGAAUCUUAUAAAGCUGCCAUCAAGGCCAACAGAAAGCACUAUGCCGCUAAGCAUGGCUACGCUGCUUUCUUCCCCAACACGACCGACUACCCUCUCGGCGACAACCCAAGCUCAUGGUCGCUGGUCCCCGCCAUGCGCCAUGCAAUCGCCCUCUACCCUCAUACACCAUACAUCUUCUAUCUCACCAGCACAGCUUUGAUCAUGAAUCCUUCAUUGUCAAUCGAAGACCACAUCAUGGACCCCUACAGACUCGAGUCUCUCAUGCUUGUCGACAAGCCUGUUGUUCCUCCGGAUUCAGUCAUCAAGACUUUCUCGCACCUCAAGGGUGACAGAAUCGACUUUGUGCUAUCUCAAGACAACGAAGGUCUCGCUGGCGGCAGCAUGGUCAUCAGAUCAGGAGAGUGGGCCAAGUUCUUCUUGGACUCUUGGUUCGACCCUCUAUACCGCAGCUACAACUUCCAGAAGGCCGAAGCCCAUGCGCUUGAACAUAUCGUACAAUGGCACGGCACCAUCUUAGCCAAGCUAGCCCUCGUACCCCAGCGUAUCCUGAACUCCUACACCCAAGGUCCCGCAGAGGGCAUCUACAACGAAGGCGACUUCGUCGCAAACUUCCACGGCUGUAUCCGCGACUCAAAACGUAGCUGCGAGCAAGAGAUGCAACCACUCCUCACUAGAUGGAGAGAAAUCACCGAUCGCGAGCGUUGAAGGAAGGUCAAAAGAACCGGCACGACACAAUAUAUGUUUACGGCGUAGGGAGAAAGACAGGGAUUUGUUGUUGACUUUGUUUGAAAAGAGUAUAGAUUUUACAAGUGGGAAGCAGAAGCAUAUCACUUUCUGUUCAGGGUCGAAGAGAUACUGUUGCAUGACGAGCUGUUUGGAGUAGUCGGGUGUAAAACAUCUCGCUAGCGGCACAAGAAGAUCUGAUAUGGCCAUAUCCGCAACGAGAAAUAUAAAGCAUUUUCACUUUUUCAACAUUCGAUCGCGCAUACGGGAUGAUCAGAAGGACCUUUUUCCCCCUUUCUUCAUUCAGUUUCAGAUUCGAUCAGAUCAUCCAUCAGAGCUUUUGAGGCAAAAGAGGGACCUUUUCACAGCCAAUCCCAAAUCUUCUUCUUAUCAUUCCACUGUCAAAAUCUGAACUCACUCUUAUGCGAGACACCAGAGUUGGUGUUUUUCACAAUCCCAUGUUCCAUCUUGAGUUU